CACCACAUACCACCCGAAUCAAUUCCUUUACAACAACAACAACUGCCCAGGUUCCUUGCAAAUGGUGAGACACGCAGCCCCAUCUCAACCGCCUGGUGUUGCGCCAGGCUGGCCCCCUGCCGACAAGCCAGACAACGAGGCGUACUGGCCCAUCAUCGCGACCAAAGAUCAGAUACCAGGAUGGCUUCGAGAUAACGAUUUUCUUGUCGGAGGGCAUCCAAUGCCAACAUACUCUUACAAGCGGUCCUUUCGCCUUUGGCGCUGCUUGCACAUGGAGACCAUGAACAUAUGGACUCAUAUUGUCGGAUCGGCGGCAUCUGUGGCCACGGGAUUCGCUGUGUAUGCCUAUUCUCAUCAAAGACCCACGACCCUCAAUGUCAGCGUGGGCGACCAAUUUGCCCUUGGCUCCUUGAUAACCGCCGCUACAAUUUGUUUCGGGCUCAGCACCGCAUUCCACACGCUUAGGAGCCAUUCCUACAACGUACACCACUUCUGGGGUAAGCUGGACAUUCUCGGCAUCUGCGUCCUAGCAGUCGGUGGAGGUGCAUCGUCAACGUAUUAUGCAUUUUAUUGCAACAAAACUGUCCAACACGUCUACUGGGCACUCAAUCUGUGUGCCGGAGUAGCUGCAGCCGUCACGCUCUUCGACACCGGUGGUGGGGGUAGCAAGAUGCGAACUCUGCGCGGCGGCGUUUUCUCUCUGCUUGUAACCUCGGCAAUGCUACCAAUAUUCCAUCGCGUGGGCUCCCUCGGUUGGACUGAAGCUUGCAGACAGAUUGGUGCGCAAUGGUACCUUGCCGAAUUACUGUCUUUGCUGCUUGGUGUUGGCUUGUUCGUUGGUCGAAUUCCCGAAAGGUUAAGUCCAGGCUCCUUCGACAUCUGGUGCCAUUCACAUCAACUGUUCCACACCUGCGCGGUCGCUGGUACCGCCUUCCACCUUGUUGCUCUUAUUACGGGGUUCAAAUACCGCCAGACGCAUCCACAUUGCUAAACCUGUGGAUUACUCAGUGUUCUGAACAGCGGCACCAGUGUUCUGAACAGUACGAGAUACGAGAGCAGUUUGAACAGCGCUUAAACGAAUGGGCCACGGGCCUAGCAAAACGAACCUAGUUCGCACCUGGAAACCUCAGCAUAAUAUCGAUUACUACUUCAACUGUCCUCAUUCGCCUGAUCAGCACCAAGGGCCUAUCUGAAUAGGUACCCUCACUGGGAUAAGGAUUCUGUGUGGGACCUUGCCGUCGAGGGCUGGAAUGGCCUAUCGCAGGCAACAAUCAACGCCUGGAUCGAGCAAAUGCCUCAGCGAUUGAAACAGUGAUUGACUCCAAAGGCCAAUCAGCAUCCUACUAGUUAAUGGCAGUUUUAUCUAGAUUAUGAC